UUCCUUCCAGCCCAGGAUGAGGAGAAGGCUGGGAGCCACCCUUGGCAGCAUGGGCAUCAUCAUCAUCAUCAUCUAAGAGCCUCCCUGUAGUCGCCAUGGCCAUCAACACGGAUGGCCAGCUGGAGAAGGCGUUGGAGGGCUCCCCCAACCUUCCCCAAGGGGAGACGGAGAAGCUGCUCUGCCCCACCUUGGGCUCUGUGGCCCCUUCCUCUGGGGUGAGGGGCACCGAGGAGGAGGAGGAGGAGGAAAGGAACGGCCAUGCCAGCUUGUCCUACCAGCCCAGCCUCUCGGAGGGGCGUUUGGAGGCCACCUCUCUGUCGCCCUCCAAGCUGAGCCUGGGGCGCACCUCCUCCAGCCUCCACGAAGCGAGCCGCCCCCGGGACUACCUGCUCCUGGCCAUCUUCUCCUGCUUCUGCCCCAUCUGGCCCGUCAACAUCCUGGCCCUGGUCUUCUCCAUCAUGUCUAGGAACAGCAGCCAGCAGGGAGACAUGGAUGGCGCACGCCGCCUCGGGCGGGUGGCCCGGUUCCUGAGCAUCCUCUCCAUCGUCCUGGGCUCUGUCAUCAUUGUCCUCUGCUCCAUGAACUUAGCAGGAGUCUUCACAUCGGAUUAGCAUGGAAGAAGGCCUGUCACGAUUCCUGAGAAGCAGCCGAAGGCAUGGGGCUUUGGGGAGAACGAGACCCUCGUUCUCAAAGUGGCGUCCGUGAGCGGAAGAGAGCCGUCUGUUUCGACCAAGCCUUUGGGGCUUGUCUUUCCAGUCGGGACG